GGUGUGGGGGGUCUUCAGUGAGAGCACACGUUCAGGUUCUCCCCUUCCCGCUGCUCUUCUCCCCCUCGGCUCCAGCGGGUCUCAGUGAGCUUCAGUCCAUGGAGGGAGCAGACCGGCACACCUAGAGCCUCCACCUCCCAGUAGGAAAGACUCCCGCUUGCUGUUUCACAGAGGACGUGUACUGGACGGAACUUGUCCUUGAGUUCAUAUACCCGAGGCCUCCAGAGGAUUUCUGCUUCUGUUUCAAAAUGCUGCUCUCUCUCUGUCUUGUCCUGCUCAUCACUUCUGUCCCCGCACGUCACACCGCAGCCAACGAGAAGAGGAACUCCACGGGAAGUGACACGAUCAAAUCCGAUGCCACUGUCGCCCCUUCUAUCCUGAAAUACAUUCCCGCUCUUGCCAAACAGACCACUCUGGCCUCCCCAAAGGCAAAUGUAGCAGACCCAACGACUCCCGCCCCCCUGAUGGUCAAGCAGAAACCUGUGGUGGUCAACGGGACAAAGACCACGAAGUCGAAGAAAGCGUCCGCGUUAAGCCACGCCCUCCCUUCAACCUCACCAAAGACAGUGCCAGCGGCCAUUAAGGACAAGCACGCCAUUAAUAAGACCUCCACUCUCAGAACUCCUCCCACUCGUGAUGUCAAAAUCAUUAAAAACAAACUUGUUGCUGCUGUCACAGAUGGUGCCGCCAAAACCGCUAAAAACAAGCUUACAGCUUCAACAAAUCAAACCACCUCGAUGAAAUCUCCUGCAAUCAGCAUUUCCGGCCCAACCGUCUUUCAGGGAGUUCAGUCGACGCACACACCUUCAAGCGAGGCCGUCACAGAGAAGCCCGGCCUUAUAAUAACUAAACCAGCCAGCAAGGACAGGCCGACGACCUCAGUCAAUCAGACCUCAACCAGUAAUGUGAGGUCUGCCAAAGCCAUCAAAACGCCCGCGGUGACCAGUGGGCCGAAGGACGCCGGGACCAGCGAGAGGUGUGACGGCGUCCACACCACGGAGCAGGAGGUGAAGCUGAAGCCUGGCUCUCCCCUGGUGGUGACCCAUAAGAUCAGCCUGGUUCCUGCAGGCUGCUCCGAGAGCUGCCAGGCUGAGAUGGAGGCUCUGAGGAUACGUGUAGAGCGACUGGAGAAGGAGAUGGCCGCUCUGAAAGGUCAACGGAAGUGUCCAAACGAAUGUAAUGGAAAUGGUGAAUGUGAGAUGGGGAGAUGUGUGUGUUCGGUGGGGUUCCAAGGCCCUGACUGCAGUAGGUGUGCUCCUGGAGUCAACUGUGAAACAAAAGGGGACAAAGGGAAGGUCAAGACGAACGUAGAGAUGGUGAAGAUACCCCAGGACAAGAACACAAAGGCAGAGCAAACGCUUUCCCAGAAAAAAGUGCAGACUCUAACUCUGGCCACACCUGGGAAGGUGAGCACAGUGAAAACCCAAGCAAGACAAGCGACUACCGCUGCCAAAAUAAAUACCAAAAACUCUGCAAGCGCCAGAAAGUCUGUCCAGCUGACCGUGGGUCAGGUUCUUCUGAAACACAAGGGCACGAAGCAGGAGGAGGCCCGUAAAGGGAGAACUACAGUCCUGGCCAGCAAAGAACUCCCACCCAAAUCUGAAGCCAAACAGGUGAUGAUGAAAGAAGGGGUCAUGGCUAAAGCACAUGCUACCGCUGGCCAGCUGCAAGACCAGCCACAGACAAAUGUGACAUUGGGGGCUCAGGAAGUGACCAAUGGUACUGCCAAAGUUCAGACUCUUUUGACCAAGGCCAUUGAAACAUCUGACGUGAAGAAGUCCCUACAUCCUUCCACACUGGCUGAGAAAGAUGUCACCCAAUCAUCUGCCCAUACACUGAUUAAAGAGGUCAAAACCGGGAGUGUUAACAAUUCACAUGUGGUGCAGACUGUUGAUAACAAAAAGACUCAAACGACCAAGAUCAGCUCUGGGAAAGCUAUUUUAAGUAGAACCACUGCCGGUAAAGACAAGCAGACUACUUCAGUGAAAACACUUUCAAGUGAUGUUAAGCCUGCCCUCACAUUGGCUAAAACAGUGCUCUCCACGGCAACAAAAAACGCCACUGGUGGUAACACAACAGGCAAAGAUAAGCAAGUGUCUGCAGUCGAUCAUAUAACUACAGUUAAAACCCAUUCAAGUGGUGUUAAAACAGUGGUUUCAACCGCAUCCAAAACUGUGAAAACCACUGGUACCACUGACAGCAAAGACAAGCCAACAACUUCGGUCAGUCAGAAGACUUCACUUAAAACAUUGAGCGAUUUGAAGCCUAACACAGAAACUACCAUUCUUACAGAGGUUAGGACUACUCAGUCUAGAGUCACAAAGCCUGCGACAGGCAGGGGUACAACAACGAUCACCAAAGACAAGUCUGCAACUUCAGUUUUGACAAGUGAUUUGACAACUUUAGUCAAUCAGUCUGCUGAUGCAAAGUCAACCAAAGACACUCCAGUCGAUCCGUUUUUGGUUACAAAGUCUUCUACAACCAACGCUACACUGAGCGCCAAAGACAAGCCCACGCCCACAGCCAACCAUACAGCGGUGAUCAAGUCACACGGGGAUGGAAAGGCUGCCAAAACUCAGACAAGCAAGGUUGGCUCCGGGAAAGCAAAAGGUACACAGAAGAGCCAGACUUCAGUGAACGUGACCAGUGUAGAACAUGGAGAGGCGUCCGCUAAGGAGACGCUCGUCCAGGUAACCGGGGAUACGGCAACACAACAGCACACAAGCAGGAAAUCCGGAGGGGGUCUGGGUUCUGUGAAGGUCUCCAACGUGUCCUCGUACAGCUUCACCCUCACAUGGUCGGCUCCAGCAGGGAUGUUCAAGAACUUUACUGUGAUCAGGAGAGAGCAGAGGAUGGAGGCUGAGGGAACAGUAGACGAAGAGGCAGCGGACGGACAACCGGGCAUUGACGACAUGGCAACCACCCCCUCAAAGAACACGACGGCAGGGCAGGCGCUGAUGGAAAACACGGACGCAACGGCUUCUUCGGCUAAAGCCACCGGCUCCAUAGGAAAAGCAGAGGAGCAGAGAAUCUCCCUGGUUCUUCCUGGGAAUGUACGUGCGGUGGGCUUCGACCACCUCCAGGCAAACACACGCUACCUCCUGCAGAUAUUCGGCACAGCCUCUGGGAGAAGGUCCAAGAUCCACAGGACAUCCAUUACUACAGGGCCUGAGCCGCCGACGGAGAUGGUGUUCAGCAACGUGACCGAGUCGUCUGUCACGGUCUCCUGGUCUAAACCGAAGAGCGCCUUCACCGGCUUCAGGGUCACAUACACCAACUCUAUUACAGGCGAGAGCAGCUUUGAGGCGGUGGAGUUCCAGCAUUCCCAUGUUGUCCUGUCCCAUUUGGGUGCCGGGUCCUCCUACAUCAUCACCGUGACAACCAGCCAAGGACACGCCCAGAGUGAUGCCCUCACAUCCCACAUCACCACUGUGCCCGCCCCUCCGUUGCAGUUCAGAGUGGUGGAUGUGACGGACACCAGAGCUCUGCUGCGGUGGACGCCGAGCCCGGGGAGAGUGGAUCGCUUCAUCAUCAGCUACGAGUCGGCCAAGAUCCCUAACGUGACGGUGACGGUGAUGGUGUCGGGCCGGGCUGUGGAGCACCAGCUGAGGGCUCUGCAGAGGGGGACGGUGUACAGGGUGAAGGCUCUGAGCCAGAAGAACAGCUUCCAGAGCCAAGCCGUUUCCACCACCUUCACCACCGCCAGCACGGUGAAGCCCAGCGCUGUAGGCCCGCGUUCUGCUGUCAUCACGUGGAAAACUUCCAGCAUCUCCUACCAACGUUACAGGAUAACCUACCAUGUAGUAGGAGAGGAGAGCAAGGAGGUGAUCCUGGACCCUACCGUCACAGAGUACCGGCUCACUAGGCUGCAGCCCGCGAGCCGCUACGUGGUCUUGGUUCAGGGGGAGAGGGACGGCCUCUACACCUCCGUUGUGACCUCAGAGUUUGUAACAGGGACGCUGCGGUUCCCGUCCCCGGCGGACUGCUCCGAGGAGCUGCAGAACGGGGCGCGGCCGUCGGGCGAGGCGGACAUCUACCCCCAGGGGAGGGAGGGCGGAGCCCAGCGGGUCUACUGCGACAUGGAGACCGACGGCGGCGGCUGGACGGUGUUCCAGCGGAGGAUGAACGGGAACACUGACUUCUACAGGAGCUGGAGCGAGUACAGAGUGGGCUUUGGGAACGUCAGCCAGGAGUUCUGGAUCGGUAACGAGCUCCUGCACCACCUGACCCAGGCGGGCCCCAUGGCCAUGAGGGUGGAGCUGCGGGCGGAGAACGAGACGGCCUACGCCCACUACUCCACCUUCAGCGUGGCCUCGGAGGAGAACCAUUACAGCCUCCAGCUGUCGGGGUUCACCGGCACCGCAGGGGACUCCAUGAAGUACCACAACGGCCGGCCGUUCUCCACCAACGACCGGGACCCCGACCCCCUGGGGAUCCACUGCGCCCGGGCCUACAUGGGGGGGUGGUGGUACAAGAACUGCUACAAGACCAACCUGAACGGGCUCUACGGCGUCAGCUCCAACAACCAGGGCGUGGUGUGGAUCGACUGGAAGGGUAAAGACUCUUCUCUACCUUCCACUGAGAUGAAGAUCCGACCGGCCGCCUUCUCCCCCUCCACUGCCCAAGGCUGAGGCCGUCUGAUACUAGCGGUUAAGGUCCGCCUCCCCUCAUAAUUCACAUGGUUAAGCUCCGCCUCUCCCCCUCAUAAUACACACAAUUAAGCCACGCCUCCCCACAUAAUACAUUUGGUGAAGCUCCGCCUAUUCCCCUCAUAAUACACAUGGUUAAGCUCGGCCUCUUUCCCUCACACAUGGAUAGGCUCCGCCUCCCCUCGUAAUACACAUGGUUAGGCUCCGCCUCCCCUCAUUAUACACACGGUUAAGGUCCGCCUUCUGCAUAUUAAACAGUAUUUUGACAGCUGCAUGCCAAGUUUGUUUUGCUUUCUUUUUGCUGUGUCAACAUCAGUUACUAUUUUUUUUACAAAACAGAAAAGAUAAACGUCUUUUUUUUUAUUAUUGAUUUUAUGUUUCACUCUGUGUUUUGUCUGUUUCGUUCCGGCUCGAACUCCACACAUACUUUGUGACUUUGUUGUAGAAAGUGUUUCCAUGAGCACCCAACCCCAUUGUGAUGCAGUUCCUUUUGUCCUCUGGAUCGCAGAUUGUGAUGAAUAAAAACAAGAGUUUCUGGGCG